CUAGGUAUAUGGCUCCUGGCAUCUCUUAGCACCCAUGAAAGCACUAAGGGUGUCCGCGUCAAGUUCCAAGAUGUGGGGUGCUUCCGAGACUUAGAGUUGGACGAAGAAGAGGGAGAUACAAUUAAAUUCACAGAGUGGAAACCUGACAGUUUGGACGUGAUCCAGACAGAGCAGGAAGAGAAGAAGAAGAAGGAUCAGGAGAAAAAGGAGAAAGAAAAAACUGUAGAAGUAGAUGAAUACACAGAGAUAUUUGCCGCGGAAUUGGGCAUAAGGUCUUUGAAAAACCAGUCUACAGAUAUGGAACAACUGGAUUUGGAGUCUGUUCUGGACUAUGACACAGUGGAUAUGCCAGAUGGAGAUGCAGAUACACUAAGUACAAAAGGAAAAAAUGUUACAAUUAAAACAGACACUAGUGCAGAGGCUAAUAUUACUGAGAAGGUUGAAGAAAAUACAAGGGGACACAGUGACACAGAGAUCUUGUCAAUUGGACACAACAGUUUGGAAAUAGAUAGUUCAAAUCUCACUGUUUUUGACAAUAACUCUGAGAUCACGAAUGAGACCAGACCACUCUCGAUUGCAAAUGUAAUCAACACCAACAGUGACCCCUCUUCAGAUGUAAGAAAAUUAUACAUGAUAAACGUGACUUAUCUGAGUGAUUUUGUGGCAGAUAGUUCAGAGGAGAUUUUUACAAGAGGGGACAUAUUCUCCUACGAUACACCUGAUAACUCCCACACUGAUGAAUACGAUCAUAAUGUGAACAUUGAGAAUGCCUCAACCGGGCCACAGAAGACAGAAUAUAAUAUCACAUUGGAUAAUACCUCGGAAGAUGUCAGUAGAAGUGCUUAUUUGAAUUUGACAGGGACUAGUGACAACUCCACUAGGGGGCACCAACAUCAGUUAAAUUAUACUAAAAGUGCCAUUGCUUCUAAAUUGUUUGAGGAUACAGCAGAAAGCACAACUCCAAAUGUCUCUAAGGAAUUGACCACUUCAACAAAUUCCACUUUAAUAAAUUCUACUGUGACUGUGAAUAAUACAGAUAUUGUUACAGAAAAUAUUACAACUUUUAAUUCUUCCCUUGAUAUGGACAGUUUAACCAAUCACACGUCAUUAAUGAACAAAACUGGCAGUUUCUCUCAGCAUGCAGUUAAUUUGCUGAACAGCUCUGUUACCCUGGAAAUCACAGAGGAAGAACUUCUCAAUAAUGGGAGCAAUGACAACACUGACUUUGAACCAGUGCCAUCCAGUUUAGGAACCUCAAAUUUGUCUCUUGAUGCAACAAAUUUACAAAAUGCUUCUAUGUUUUUGGAAACUGCUUUUGAAAACUCAGCAAAUCAAACUUUUUUGAACUCAUCUGAGAUUGAAAUUGCAUUUGUAAGUGCAGCAGACUCUACAGAAUCAAUUGAAAGUUACUCUAAUGUCUCAAAAACUCAGAAUACAACUGGUGAUUCUUUCAAACUAAAUGCAUCUAUGGAAAUCAAUUUUGACAUGACAGAGAACAAGACCUGGGCAGAUGGAAAUACAACCCUUGUGAAAAAUGUCUCAACUGAAACAAAACCAUCUAAAAGUAAUUCUUAUAUUGUGCGUAGCUCUGAAGAAUUAGGUGCCUCUGUAAGCAGUGAGGAAAUUGUUAUUUACCUUCAAGAAAACGCCAGAGAAGCCAUUAAAAGUAAACCAAUUAAAAAUCCUGCACAAAAUUGGACUUAUGACAUAAAACACGAAACUGUCCCAAUGGAAAUCCCUGAUCACAUUGUCAAAUACAUCAGUAAACCAGUGCCCCCCAAAAAAACUGUUAAAAAGGUAACCGUGCGACACUGGCCACAUAAAGGACAAGGUAUGAAGACCAAAAAAAGGAAAGACUAUGUGCCUCAAGCUCAGAGCGGUCCACUCUUCUCCCCUCGUGGAUUUAACCCUGGGAUGUCUCCAAGGGGGUCGAGACCAGUCUCACCCAAACCAAUGUCUGAUGAAGAUGAUCUCAUCAACAACCCCAUAGUGAUAGGUGUGCCCAGAUCAGACUUCAGUGACUACGAACUGUACAUACCUGGGGAUGAACCGGACCACCUGGACUUGGAUGAACUCAAAAACGUUAGAGAGGAGGAGUAUGAGUAUGUGUCCUAUAAAGACCCCUACAGUAGCAAUGAAAACAUGAAACAUUUUACCCUGGAUGAUGCCACCAAAUAUUACCUAAAAAAUAUGGGAAAGAAUAGUAAGUUAUAUUUUAUCGCAGCUGAAGAGGUGGAGUGGGACUACGCUGGCUAUGGGCGCAGGAGACAAGAGAGAUCAGAAUUAAAUAGCCGUGAGACAAAGUUUAAAAAAGUGGUUUUCCGAGAAUACAUUGACAGCACCUUCACUAUACCAGACAUCCGAGGAGAGAUAGAUGAGCACUUGGGAAUUCUUGGACCUCUUGUCAAGGCAGAGGUCGGACAGGAUAUUGUGAUUGUGUUUAGAAACAAUGCUAGCCGCCCUUACUCUUUACAUCCCAAUGGGGUUGUUUACACUAAACAGACUGAGGGGUUAAACUAUGAAGAUGGCUCUAAAUAUUGGCAUAAGUAUGACAAUGAGGUCCAACCCGGCAAAAGCUUUACUUAUUUAUGGACUGUCCCUCCCACAGUCGGCCCAGCAAAGGGCGAGUCCGACUGCAGGACUUGGGCUUACUAUUCUGGUGUUAAUCCUGAGAGGGACAUCCAGUCUGGUCUGAUCGGACCCCUGUUGGUGUGCCGUGAAGGGACCCUUAAUAAAUUAGUGACAAACACAUGGGAGUUCACACUGCUUUUCAUGACUUUUGAUGAGUCUCAGAGCUGGUACUUUGAGGAGAAUCUACAAAAAAUUCAAAGAAAAACACGAAGGAAGAGUUUGACCAUGGCUCUGAAAGAAAACCUACAGUUCCACACAAUCAAUGGCAUUAUUCACAGCCUUAAGGGCCUAAGGAUGUACACCAAUCAGCUGGUUCGCUGGCAUCUAAUCAACAUGGGCUCUCCAAAAGACUUCCAGAGUGUUCAUUUUCAUGGUCAAACCUUUUUUCACAAGAAAAUCAAAAGUUAUAAACAGGCCGUUUACCCACUAUUGCCAGGAAGCUUUGCUACUUUAGAAAUGAUCCCAUCUAAGCCAGGGCUAUGGCAACUGGAGACUGAGGUUGGGAGUGUCCAACUAAAGGGCAUGCAAACUCUCUUCCUCGUUUUGGAUGAUGAUUGCAACCAUCCAUUUGGACUGGAGUCAGGCAGUGUGACAGACGUUCAGAUGACAGCUAAAAACUCCAGAGGGUACUGGAAACCACAUCUUGCCAGACUGAACAAUGCAGGAAAAUAUAAUGCAUGGAGCACUGAUGAAGACAACAGUUGGAUUCAGGUUGACUUCCAGCGCCCUGUGGUGAUAAGUCAGAUAUCCACCCAAGGGGCCAAACAGAUGUUUUAUUCACAAUAUGUCAAAAAGUAUGCCAUUUCAUACAGUCAUGACAGACGGAAGUGGACAUUCUACAAGGGUGACAGCAAGAGUGUCAGAAAGAUUUUUAUUGGGAACCAGGAAGCUUAUGAGACCAAGACCAAUACCUUCUUUCCACCUGUAAUUGGUCGGUUCAUUCGGCUCCACCCAGUUGAGUGGUAUGACAAACCCACAGUGCGCAUGGAGUUCUACGGCUGUGAGCUUGAUGGUUGCUCUGUGCCUUUGGGGAUGGAAAGUAGACAGAUAAAGGACCAUCAGAUAUCAGCUAGCUCCACAGCUAGCAGCUGGUACGGUGGACCAUGGAAACCUUCUUUUGCACGUCUCAACAAACAAGGAACCAUCAACGCAUGGCAGGCCAUGACAAAUGACCUGCACCAAUGGCUCCAGGUGGAGCUGCCUCAGAUAAAGAAGAUCACAGGCCUUGUAACACAGGGAGCCAAGGCUCUGGGGAAAGAGAUGUAUGUGAUCUCCUUUUCUCUGCAGUACAGCAGCGAUGGACUUCACUGGACUGACUACACAGAUGAUGAGGCCAUCUUAUCCAAGACCUUUAUUGCAAACACAAACAACUCUGACCAUGUGAGAAACUACAUCUAUCCACCCAUUUUCUCACGCUUUAUCAGAAUAAUCCCCAAAAGUUGGAAGAACACCAUCACUAUGAGGAUUGAACUUCUGGGCUGUGACUUUGAGUGACUCUGACAAAUACAUGCACAUACAAAAGGAUACGUAAUGUUUGUUUGAAAACAAACUUUAUUCAGGUAGUAUACACAACAACAUUACGUAACAGUAACAUCACUAACAGAUAAUGUUUAUUUUGACUGUCCCUGCAUUUUUAAAGUUCUCCUCAAUACAAAACAAAAUGAAUAGGCAUAACACUGUGCAUGCAUUAUAAUAACUGAGAGAGAAGACAUUUGAUGCUAAAACUUAUUUUAAGGACGAAGAAGUCAUGUGGACAUAACAUAAGUGCAAUAAAUCUUAAUUAUGCAAUAUGACAUGCUGCGUUAACAUAGCUGUAGUCAUUUAAGAGGACAUAUGUAUAGCUCUACUAUGCCAUAUGCAGAACUCAUCAUGUUGUAAAAUAAGCUGUCUCAUGAGAAACUUUAUGGCAACAUAAAUGAUCUGUCACUGCAAGUUUGUCUUUUAAAAAAGGAAUGUACUGCAUCUCUGUACAAAAACACACAAGGUUAUGAAUAUCAGUAUUGUUAGUAUGUCUAUAUAUAAAAUAUAUAUAUUUUUUACAAAAAAUGAAUACCAAUAUAUGUAAAUAUGUGAGGACUUUGUAAUUAAUUUUCUCAAUAAAUAUAAUUGAAAUUUA